GCAAAAGCGAAUCAUUGGAUCCUUCGUCCGCGGUCCCUUGCUCAUUCCGUCAGUCCUCCUGUAGUUCGGCUAAGCUCUUUAUCGUGAUUACUGUUGGCUUCUCUAUCAGAUAGAAGUUGAGGUGAUCAACUGUCCUGUGUCCCCAGCCCCUGCCUCUGGGCUGGGAGGCUGGCGCUUUGCAGAAUCUCAUCGAGAUCAAGAUGAGAGCGGGAGAUUCAGGUGGCAGUAACAGUAAUAGCCGUCCAGGCUCUCCUCAAGGUGCUGGCUCUCCGCCAGGACAAACAGGAUUGGGUUCCUGGAUAGAAAUUGUUGAAGAGCGAACGGGUGACAUCCGAAACCCUCCGCGAAGGGGUAGCACUUCACGUCCUGGAGGGGGAGGGGGGUCACUGAUGGCUAUGAUUGGAGCUCAAGCUGACAGCAGUCCUUCACGGCCAGGCCAGCCAACACAACACGACGAUGGCAGAGAACAACAAGCGGCUACCCGUCAGGAGCCCGUAUUUGGCAGAGCGGCAUCGAAUAGAAUCGAACAGGCGUUCGCACAAUCCAAUAGUAUGGUUCAGCCUUGGGUAUUGGGAAGAAUGUACAAUAUCGUUGACAGAAUAGCUUUUAUCGCAUGCAAAGCAGUACCAAAAGAGUAUGAUGGAUCAAGAUACCAUUUCUUCCAUGUGGAAGGAUUGCUCACAUAUUACCCAUUUUGUGACGAUUUUGGCCCUAUGAAUCUAAGUGCGGUUUUUCGCUUUUGUGAGAUUUUAUCUGUCAAACUAGAGAGCUUUCCAAAUGAGACAAUUGUUCUUUGUUCUCCAUCUGAUAGAAGAUCAAGAACAAACUCGAUUUUUUUAUUGGGAGCUUACAUGGUCCUCGAAAUGGAUCGAAAAGGUCAUGAGGCUGAUAUGCCGCUGAGCCAAGUCCAUCCUCGCCCGUUUGAGCCUUACCGUGAUGCGACAUUCGAGCCUUCAUGUUUCGAUCUGCACAUCAGUGAUGUAUGGAAGGGUAUUGCACGGGCGAAGGAACUUGGCUGGCUGGAUCCAGACUCUCCAGAUGCAAUUGAUCUCGAGGAGUACGAACAUUAUGAUAAUCCUGGCAAUGGAGACUUGCACAUGAUAAUUCCAAACAAGAUAAUUGCAUUCAAAGGUCCAGUUGGCGAUUUGCCCGAUGGGCGAGAUUGGUACGACAGAAAUUCAGUUCGAUCUUUUCAUCCAAGAUUUUAUUUGGACAUUUUUCAUGAGAUGGGAGUGAAAUGUGUGGUGCGAUUGAAUGAGGCCAAGUAUGAUCGGAAUUCCUUCAAGACAAACGGCAUUGAGCAUGUUGAUCUCUACUUCGAUGACUGCACAGUUCCACCCCCUCAGAUCGUCGUGAGAUUUUUGCAAGUCGUGGAGAGAACAGAGGGUGUGGUAGCGAUUCACUGCAAAGCGGGGUUAGGGAGAACCGGAACGUUGAUUGGACUGUAUUUGAUGAAAGCCUAUGGCUUCACUGCAAGAGAGGCUAUUGGAUGGAUGAGAGUGGUCAGACCUGGUUCUGUCAUUGGGGUGCAGCAGCAGUUCAUGGCUGACCAAGAAGCUACAAUGCAUCGUGCAGGGGAAAGAGCUCGAGGAAGACCGCCCGAAAGCCUGUUAACAAGCGAAGAACUGGAAAAAUUAUGUAUUUUUCAAGAAAGCCAGCGUGUUGGCUGGGGUGGGGGCGGCAGUCCAGAUAUGGACAUGGCAGCUGCAGUUCUGGGUGAGAGGGUCAAAGAAGCAUCAGACCGAAGGAGUACAGCGAUGAUUCAAAGAUCUGGCCAGGGGCGAGGACAGAGAAUGGACGACAACCUCGCUGGAAGUCGAGAUGUGGAAGAAAAUGAUUCAGAUGUGGAUGAUCAAUCCAAUCCUGGUUGAGACGCAAAGAACAUUUGCACCCCACACAUUCGUGAUUUCAGGGGCGUUGUCGAUAUUCUUCAAGCAGUGCAACCAGAGUUUGAAAAAUGUUUGGUCGAUACGUAUGGAUCGAUUGGACACGUCGUCUUGAUCGAUGACUUGCUUUGAAACAAACAUCAAGGCCAAUGGCGUAUGUCACUUUGACGACAGGAACGUUUGGUUUUGCAAAUUUUUGGAUGGAACAUCCACAAACAGUCAAAAAGAAUCUUUGAUAGGGAGAAUUCACUGCUGAUAUCCGUAUUCAAGCUUCAAGAACUCAGGUGUAUAGUGUAAAGAAAUUUCAGCAGUGUAAAGCAUAUUCCUUUUUUUGAUAUUGAUGAAAUGAAGGAUCCAGGUUGCUUGGCAAAUAUG